AUGCCUCUUUUGCAAGCGAUAAAGAUCCCCUGUUGGAUAUUGUAUGGCGUAUUUUUCACAAACUAUGGAUGCAGCCAGUCAAAUAUGUGCGCAAUAAAGCCAUGUACAGUUAAACAAUACAGCUUUUCCAGAGAGAGAAACAGUGUGGAGAAUCACGCCCUUUAUGACCACAGUUUUAAAAACCUGACAGUGCAGAGUCACAAGGACUGUUUUGAGAACUGUGCGUGGGACUGUCGAUGUAAGUCGUUCAACUUUGUAACAAGAAUGAAGCAGAAAAACUGUCACCUGAAUGAACAAGACAGAUAUGUGGAACCUGGGGCAUUGAAGAGGACAAUUGGAUUUAGCUAUCACGAAAUAGGAAUUGAGUAUAACGUUAAGGUAUGAUAAACAAAUUUCUGUUUUGAUUAAGCAAGAGUGAAAGCAAAUUCAGUUAAGGAAUUUUAUUUCGGGGGGAGAUGUGGUGGCCACUAUAACGGUUAGUUCGCUGGACUUCGGGUUGAGAUGUCUGGGUUCGAGACCUGGCCAGCUCGUUGUAUUGUGUUCUUGGGCUAAAAACUUACUCCUUUACAGUGCUUCUCUCCAACCAGGAAUAUAAAUAUGUGCAGGUAAAUUGUCAGGGAAGCCUUAGGAGAUACGGGGGGGGAAAGGGAGGGGAGCUGGGGGGUAGGGUGGGGAGCCUUGGGAUGGAAUAGCAUCCCAUCCAGGGGGGAGUAAUAAUACUCCUGGUCGCUUCAUGGCAAAAGAAACGAGAUAGGAGGUUGUGUUGGCCACUUGGCCAGAGUAGAGACUUAACCUACACUGGUUUUUUUCAACUUUUAAACUUUCCUUUUCGUGAUGUUUGAUUUGUUUUUAUUGUGAAGACAGGUACAAAUGCUUUCAUGGAAAUGGAACUGAAUGUAAAAUCUUGGUACAAUCAAUACACGAAAUUUGCUUAAGAAUUCUACUCAGGAACGAAAAACUAACAAAGCUGUACUGCUUUUCAAACUUUUAUUUAUUUAUUUAUUUAUUUUUAAUCGCAAAGUCAGGAACCAAAUGCCUACAAUGCCACAAUGGAUGCUGUCGUGGAAAUAGUCACUGUCUCAACGGCGGAACCUGCCAAGAAACCUGUGACAGAAGGAGAUUCAGAUGUGCGUGCAGGCCAGGUUAUACAGGAACGUACUGCGAUAAAAAAGCACAAGGUAAGAAUGGAGAAAUGGAAGCUCGUUGCAAACAGAUUUGAUAUUUUACCACGUCAUGAAAGAGCCAGAUCUUAGAUCUUAGGGACCACUGAUUAUUUGUUAUUAUGUCGUUGCUAACAGAGUAUAAAUGGGGGACAAUGAAAAUUGACUGCUAGUAAAGGCGGAUAAUUAGAAUAUCACAGAGCCUUAGGGGAUAAGAUAAAUGAAAUCUCCGCCCCUCCUCCUCCCCCCACGGUAAUAUAAUGACCGUUCCCUUGAUAGUGUACCGACAUUUCACCCCAAGUCUUCGAAACGAAAGGAUAAACUUCGGAUAACCCAUAAAACAAAAAUGACAAUAUUUUUCAUUCGUCAAUACAUUUCCAUAAUUAAGAGUAUUGACUUCUGUCAUGAAACCAAUUUUUAGAUUAGAAUUUAAUAUUUUUCACGCAGGUGUCAUUUUGUAUUGACAGUCACCGGUAAUAAUCCUUUACACCCUAACAUCAAUAUGUAUAUUCUCCAUACGGUUCUCUAGACAUUUACUAAGGUGCUGAUAAGGAGAAUUUGUCUAAUGAUCAGGAGAUUAUCUAAUUGGCGAUCAUUUUUUUCAAUUCUCGUGACCUAGACGUAUGAUUCGUGAGUGAUACUGUCAAGAGAAAAAUAGAUGCUAAGGGCUAAAAGGGUUCUUUCAAAAUAAUUUCACUCUGUAACUUUUGCUUCAAAUGUCAAAAUGAUUUUCUGUUCCUCUUUCUUCCAUGAAGUUUCAAUUUCUAAGAGCUGCGCAGAAAUAAAGAAGAAUGGAGGUCAAUCAGACGGUGUUUAUACCAUUGAUCCAGAUGGUAAAGGAGCCUUUCAAGUCUAUUGUUGUCAGAAUUACUCCGCCGGAGGACCCUGGGCUGUCAUUCAGAGGAGAAUGAACGGCUCGGUUGAUUUUUACCGCGGUUGGAUGAACUACAAGAAGGGGUUUGGUAAUGUGCAGGGAGAAUUCUGGCUUGGACUUCUCAACAUCCACAGGUUGACCAAUCAGCGACAGCAAAAGUUGAGAAUAGAGAUAGAAAGUUUCGAUGGGAAUUGGUGCUGGGCUGAAUACGAAAACUUUACCGUGAGUGGAGAAGAUGAUGGGUUUCGUCUGCAGAGUUUGGGAUCUUACACAGGUAAAUGAUGAUAAAGUUUUUCCUUCUGACCAAGAUUUGCUACUGACAAGUCCGCAGUCAGCCUUAAACCGUUGAAAGUAAUUACAUUUUGUCACUAAUAAGGAAAAGGGGAAGCAUUUUUAAAUUAACGUUAUAAAAAGCUGGAAAAUUUGAGUCCAAAAGCAUUCUUGUCAGGUUUGAAUUAUCUUGUGAUUUCACUAGUCCUUAUGCAAAGUAUUAAUUUGUUUAAUUACAAAAAUAUCAAGCCGAGAGGGUUUAAGCGUUCUCUUUAAACGUCUUGUAAAGGUAACCCCUAUCUCGACCGUGGUUUUCCUGGAGUACUGUGAUUUCAUUUCCUCAACGUGUUGCUUUAACCCUUCUGGGGAAAAAAUUUAAAAAAAGCCGAUACCUACGUGAAUAGAAUUCGCGACAUAGGAUUGGUUAUUUCUAGACUCUCCUGGAAUCGAUCACCGAAAAAAAGACAGUGGUAACUCAAAUUGAAUCAAAAUGUAUAACGUCAGAAACUGUGGCCAAAGGCUCAACCAUCUCUCCCUGAGUACCCUACCCUAGACUCUCCUGGAAUCGAUCACCGAAAAAAAGACAGUGGUAACUCAAAUUGAAUCAAAAUGUUUAACGUCAGAAACUGUGGCCAAAGGCUCAACCAUCUCUCCCUGAGUACCCUACUCACAAUUCUCUUUUUUUUUUUUCGGUUUGUACGUAAACUUGCAGGUUCAUGCAUAGAUGCGUUUUCAUACAAUGUUGGUGCUCCCUUCUCUACCAAAGAUAAAGAUGCAGAUAGUUAUGCGCCUCGUAAUUGUGCUGUGGAUCAUCAGGGAGCCUGGUGGUAUAAAAGGUGUACGCAGUGUAAUCUGAACGGAAAGUACAACCCCCUGGCUGGUCAGGUAAUUACAGGAAUUUACUGGUACCAGAACAAUAGAACACCAGUUCGCCUUAAAUUGGUCGAGAUUAAAAUACAACCCAUCGGAUAAAUCUAUGUAUUAUGGCGUAAACAUUGGUUUAUCAGCCGAGUUCUCGUCGAACGGUACAAUUCUAUGCUUAGCUGAGUUAAAGGGACAAAUUCAAAGCACUGAUGAAAGUUUAAGCAGUGAUUGUGAUCUCCUGAAGUUGCAUGCAUAACAGAUCUAGAAUAUCGCUCGACACAAAGAGUCUGUCCUGAUUGACUCUGCAGAGCAGUUAAUGAAAUUGUGGAGGAUUUUAGCGAAAUACUGUAGCACUGAGGGAAAAGUAGAAAGUUUUUUCAAAAAUCAAAUUGGUAAAAUAAACAAUUUCACGAUGAACAAUAUUCGUCACGUGACUUUUUUCUAAUAUGGGACUUAAUUUCCCUAAACGCUUGGAAACGUAGUAGUUGUCAGG